ACACACACACAGCGACGCCUCUCCAACAUCGUGCAGCCCGCUGCGAAGAUGGUCGGCGGCGUGUGUGUUCGCAGGUUGGCUCGCCGAUCUCGGUCCGCCCUUAUCGCAGCCCUCACGGUGCUCCUGGUGCAGACGCUGAUUGUGUGGAACUUCAGUAGCCUCGACUCGGGCGAAGACACACGGGGAGAGGGAGGCUCCAACGUGCGGGAGAAGAGGGACCGGGUGGCGGACAACAAAGCCGCUGGCAGCGACUAUUUCCAGCAUGGGGGGCAGCGGCAGAGGCGGCAGCAUCUUCCGCCGCCUGGGAGAGGGAGCUCUCGUCACAUGCAGCAGCCGGAUGGUUACUAUUCCCACCGGCCGAAGGAGAAAGGUCGAGUGGACAGCAACAACGAGAACUCUGUCCCAAAAGACUUUGAGAACAUAGACAAUAGUAACUUUGGCGCGCGCUCGCAGCCGCAUCGGCAAACCGCCGGGGCCACCAGCAGGAGGCAGCAGCGAGAGCAUCUGCAGGAGAAGGUUUACGACCGGCAGCACGUCUGGCGUGACAACUCCCACAACCUGGGCCGCAGCUCCAAUGAAGUCCUACCUUUAAUCCACCAGCCGCUGAUGCUCACCAACAACUCAGGCCCGGGUGCUCGGGGUGCUGCAGCUGGCGGUGUGCGCUACCACGCCUCACAGCAGGCUCCGUCCCAGCAUAGGCAUCAGCACCCCCACAGGAAGCAGGUGACCGCGGCGCCACUGGAAGUGACAUAUGAUCAACCAUCCAAGUGUGAGAUCAGCGGGAAGGAAGCCAUCUCCGCUCUGUCCAGGACCAAGAGCAAGGAGUGCAGGAAACAGAUUGCAGAAGUGUACUGCAGACACAAAGAAGGCCGGUUGAUGCCCGACAAGGUCACUCGCUACUGCCCACUAGAGGGAAAAGCCAAUGCCAACAUCCAGUGGGAUGAAGACUCUGCUGAGACCUUCCCUUCAAAUCCAGUGAGAAUAGUAUUUGUCCUGGUGGUGCACGGACGCGCCUCUCGUCAGUUUCAGCGUCUCCUCAAAACCAUCUACCACACUUCCCACUACUACUACAUCCACGUGGAUCAGCGGUCCAACUACCUCCAUCGCCAGGUGAAGUCCUUGGCCGCUCAGUAUCCAAACGUGAGGGUGACACCAUGGCGCAUGGCCACCAUCUGGGGGGGCGCCAGUCUCCUGACCAUGUAUCUCCGAAGCAUGGCCGACCUGUUGGCUAUGAGGGACUGGAGCUGGGAUUUCUUCAUCAACCUCAGCGCUGCUGACUACCCCAUUAGGACUAAUAACCAGUUGGUGGCCUUCUUGUCCAAAUACAGAGACAAGAACUUCAUCAAGUCCCAUGGCAGGGACAACGCCAGGUUUAUCCGUAAACAAGGCCUGGAUCGUCUCUUCUAUGAGUGUGACACCCAUAUGUGGAGGUUGGGUGAUCGCAAAAUCCCCGAGGGAAUCUCUGUGGACGGAGGAUCCGACUGGUUCCUUCUGAAUCGCAUGUUUGUGGAAUAUGUCAUCAACUCCAAGGACGAUCUGGUCAGCAGCAUGAAACGCUUCUACGCCUACACUCUGCUGCCUGCCGAGUCAUUUUUUCACACAGUGCUGGAGAACAGUGCCUUCUGUGAAAGCAUGGUAGAUAACAACCUGCGCAUCACCAACUGGAAUCGCAAACUGGGUUGCAAAUGCCAGUACAAGCACAUCGUUGACUGGUGCGGGUGUUCGCCUAACGACUUCAAGCCCGUUGACUUCCACCGCUUCCAGCAAACAGUGCGCCCCACGUUCUUUGCCAGGAAGUUUGAGGCCAGCGUGAACCAGGAGAUUGUGAACCAUCUGGACGCCUACCUGUUUGGACCUUUUCCACCGGGAACGCCGGGUCUAAACUCUUACUGGGAGAAUGUGUACGACGAGCCAGAUGGUGUGGCCAGUCUGUCGGACACACAGCUCACGUACUACCAUUCCUUCUCAAGAUUGGGAUUGGCCCGCGCUGCUGCAUCACUACAAGGAAACCCGAUGGAUCACAGCUGCAGGUAUUUCCCCAUGGGCCACCCCGUGUCUGUGCAUCUCUACUUCCAGUCAGACCAGUUCCAGGGCUACCUUGUCAGGCACCAUGCUACCAAUCUAGCCACAAGCAAGCUGGAGACUAUGGAAACCUGGGUGGCACCCAAGAAGAACUUCAAGUCAACCACUCCACCCAAAAGCACAUUCAGCAGGUUGCAGUUUGCAGAGAUCGGCACAGAGUGGGAUGCCAAAGAACGGAUGUUCCGGAAUUUCGGCGGCCUCAUGGGUCCCAUGGAUGAGACGGUGGGCAUGCAGAAGUGGACAAAAGGGCCUAACGUUACAGUCACGGUCGUGUGGAUCGACCCCACCAACGUCAUCGCGGCCACUUAUGACAUUCUCAUCGACGCCACCGCUGAAUUCACACACUACAGACCGCCACUCAACCAGCCUCUACGUCCUGGGAUUUGGAGCGUCCGAAUCCUGCACCACUGGAGCCCCGUGGCUGAGAUGCGCUUCCUUAUUGCCCCUUUGGCUUAUAAUAAGCACCAGCCUAUAAGACAAGAUGACACACUGAAGCUCCACAACGGUCCGGCGAAGAACAGCUACAUGGAGCAGAGUUUCCACGGCCUCAAUCCCGUGCUAAACAUCCCCAUCAGUCUGGGCUACGUGGAACAAGCCAAGAGGAACGCGGCUCUGAGCGGCCCGGAGCUGGAGCGCUGGCUCGACAGCCUCGUGGGCGAACUGUGGGAGGCGGCGGACAUCUGCGCCGUCGGCCCGACCGCCUGCCCCGUCAUGCAAGCCUGCUCCAAAAACCCUUGGAGCUCCCUGAGCCCCGACCCCAAAUCCCAAGUGGGAUCACCGCGUGCUGACGGGCGCAUCAGGUAGCAGCGAGGCCUCCAGCUGGACGGGAGGCCGCAGCACAUAAAAUUCACUGUUGAGUUUUUUAUUUAUUUAUACGCUUUGUUGCAGUUCUUCUGUCUCAGGAGACGUAGGGAACAUAAAAAGCUGAUCAAUGUUGGCAAGAUCCAGGAUCCUUUUCGGGGACUAAAUGUAUUUAUUUUUCUUCUCAUAAGAGUUUUACUGUGAUCAAAUCCGGCAAUUUUUGGCGCAUUUAUGUUGCUGCUCAAUGAAUUCUUAAGUGGCUAAUGAUGACAUCCCAAAAAAAAAAAAAAGACGCCUGGUAUCCAAUUUACUGAUGUGCCUCCCGAGGAUUGUGUCGGCAUCAACAGCACCGUCUGACAGAAAGGUUUAUUUUGAUAUGAAUCCAAGAAGAGACAAAAUUCCCUGCCUUUCAGAAUUUUCAGAAAGAAACAUUUUAUCUCUCGAGGAAGCCAAUUAUUUAAAAACACCGAGAAAAUACGUCACAGCAUCACACUUGUUUGAGUUGUGUGCCUGAUGAGAAACCGCUGUGGCUGCAUUCACUUACAGAGACCAAUAAAAAAAAAAAGCCUUGUAGAUUCAAUCCAAACUAUCGGAAUUUAACAGAAACAAUUGAGGGUACUUCAUUUGUGAGAAAUUGUAUAGUAGCAUUUUAGGAUCGAAGAGGUCGUUUUCUUUAAAGUCGGCUUGCUUUUCUUUACCAGCCUGCCUCAAACUUGAAUCAGAAUUAUUCCAAGCUGACCUUAAAAAGUUGAAAACUUUCUUCCGCUCAUGUCAGUGACACUUUACGUUGUACAGUAUUUUACAAAAAAAAAAAAGUCUCCAAAUUGUGUGACUGAGGAGUCCAUGAGUCGCUAUUUAUUUAAGUUUAUAUGAAUACUAAUAUUUUUAGUCAAUGACUAAAUAACUGCAACGCUGCCUUGGCAGCAUGAUAAGUAUUUUUUUUUUUUUUAAAGAAAGCUGCCUUUAUUUACAAAGGCCAACACCCCUGAACGUAUACUGUACCUUUUCACAGUCUGCACCUGCGUGUCAGUCAGUGUUGUUUAUGUGAAUAGCGUAAUACCCUAUUUUCUGGACUAUAAGUUGUUCCGGAGUAUAAGUCGCAUUGUCAAAAAAUACAUCAUCAUACAUACAUCACUAUGUAAGUCACAUUUUUAAUCUGGAAAAACAAGUUAUUUUAACAUAAAAAGCAACUUCACCGAGCUCCGGAUCUCAUGCCACAUCACGAAAUCAUAUACAGUAGUUGUCACAAGCCUAGAGCACCCUCUUGUGGCUGUUGAUGGUAAUUCUUCGAAUCACUUUUUUGUUCAUGUCAGUCAGAAUGAUUUAACAUUUUUUUAAAAAUGCUAAACUAUAUAGUAUGUAUAUAUAUUAGGGCUGGCAAUCGAUUAAAAUAUUUGAUUGUGAUUAAUCGCGUUCUUGUCCAUAGUUAACUCGAGGGUCAAACAGGAGGAAGGCACGUUAAUCGCGUGUCAAAAAGGAAACUUCUAUUAAUGUGUUAACUUUGA